AUGUCUAUGCGCUCCUCUGCCAUCUUGGCUCUGGCCGGUCUCGCCAGCGGCCAGGUCGGCACGUUGCUGGCCCCCACGUACGACAUCAACUUCCCGAACACGUCUGCGGCGGAAAACCCGCUCAACUGGCUCGGUGCCAACGGUCCUUACGCCCCGGGUCCCAAUGUGUACGGCAUCCCGUAUGAUGUGCCCGAGAACUGUACGGUCGAGCAAGCAUUCUACGUAUCCCGCCAUGGAUCUCGCUACCCAGAUCCUGGUGCCUAUGCUGGCUGGGUGGAUAUGCAGGAGCGGUUCGCCGUCAAAAACGGUUACACGGCUUCGGGCAGCCUGUCGUUCCUGCAGUCAUGGAAGCCGGUCCUGACGGCACCGGGCCUGCAGAUGUCGAACCUGUCGCCGACGGGCCAGAAGGAGAUCUUCGACAUGGCCUACGCGCUGCGCACGCGCUAUCCUGCGCUGUAUAGCGAGGGCGACGAGCUGCACGUGUGGGCCAACAACUACAGUCGCGUGGUGCAGACGGCUCGGCUCUUUACCACCGGCUUCCUCGGCGUCAACGCGACAAGCCUGGGCAACGUCGUGGUUGUGACGUCCACAGGCUCGACCGACGCCAUCGGCAACUCUCUCGCUCCAUCGGACGCCUGUCCCAACUUUGUCGAUGUGUCUGGCGGCGCCUACGCGACCAACUGGACCAACGUCUACGUGCCGCCGAUCCAGAAGCGCCUGCAGGCCCUCAUCAGCGGCAACCUGACGCUGACGUCCUCGGACGUGUCGCAAAUGCCGUAUCUAUGCGGCUUCGAAUCGCAGAUCACCGGCAAGGUCUCGCCGUGGUGCAACGUCUUCACCAACGAGGAGCUGCAGCAUUAUCAGUACUCCAACGACCUGCGCUACUACUACGGCGUCGGCCCGGGCACCGACCUGCCGGCCACCAUGAUGCUGCCCUUCCUGAACGCCGUCGUCGGCCUUUUGGCCAAGGGUCCGAGCCAGAAGGGCACCGCCGCCGACGGGAACGCCUUCCAGGUGCCCGACCUGCUGGUCAGCUUCCUCAAUGACGGCCAGUUGAACGAGCUCAUCACUGCCUCCGGCGUCCACGAUGCCCAGGCUGCGCUCUCCGCCAGCUCCAUGGAUCCGAACCGGCUCUACAUUGGCAACCGCUUCACCACCAUGCGCGGCCAGGUCGCCUUUGAGCGCCUCAACUGCGCCGUCAAGCCGCUAGACAACACUGACGUCUCCCCGCUGCUGCCUCUUGCUCAGCGCACAUCGGGCUCUACGUGCACGCGCCGCCAGCAGUUUAGCCAGUCCACUACCAACAACACCUUUGUGCGUGUGACCCUCAACGACGUCGUCUACCCCAUUCCCAGCUGCCAGAACGGCCCUGGCUACUCGUGCCUCCUGGACGACUACGCCGCCUAUGUCGGCAACAAGUACAAGAAGUCCGGCAGCUGGACAUCCAACUGCAACGUCACAACGGCCGGCGCGCCUUCAGUCGUCAAGGGCUCCACCUUUUACACAGACCUGACCAGUGACUUCCUCAAGGUCAUCUCGCCGUAA